AAGUGAGGGUGGAGGAUUUUUUGAGCUCCACUUCUCUCUUCACUUAAAAGCCUCACCAUUCUAUUCUUCUUUCCUCCACUGACUCCAUUUAUUCUCUUCCUUUCUUUGUCAUUUGUUUCUCUCUUUUUUCUUCACUCUUCUCAUUUGCACACCUCAUCAAUCUUCCUUACUCUCUCUUCAAUGGCUUCUCUUCCUUCUGAACCUGAUCAAGAGGGCUCUGAACCUCUCAAAUACAAGACAUGGGUCUUGAAAGUUUCAAUUCACUGUGAAGGAUGCAAACGAAAAGUUAAGAGAAUCCUUCAUAGUGUUGAAGGGGUUUACACCAUAGAUGUGGAUACAAGGCAACAUAAAGUGAUAGUUACUGGAAACGUGGAUGCAAAUACUCUUAUAAGAAAGCUUGAAAAAUCUGGUAAACAUGCAGAGUUAUGGCCUAAUUUCCAGCAAGCUCCGCAGAAAAUUGAUGAACAAAUCAACCAAGAACAACAACAACAACAACAAGAAAAUCAAAAUCAAAAUCAAAAUCAAGCACAACCUCAAAACCAAAUUCCAAAUGUUGAACAACACCAACAAGGACCUGAAAAUUCCGGACAACAACAACCACAGCAAGUGAAAGAAGUAAGAUUCGAGGAGAAUAAUCCUUCCGCUGGAGAUCCUCAAAAACCACCGGCGAACAACGCCGGAAAUGGCGGCGGCGAUGGCGGUAGUAAAAAGAAGAAAAAGAAAAAGAAAGCGAAUACUGCUAAUAAUGGUAACGCAAACCCUAACAAUAAUGGUGGAAAUGUUAACGCAGCUGGUAAUCCAGGUGUGGUACAGGGAGGUGAUAAUGGACCGCCACCCACUGAUUCAAAUCCUCCUCCUCCAGCUCCUCCUCAGAACCCGAACCCAAGCCCACCGGUGAAUAUGAGCACGCCAAGCCAACCACAAAAUUGUCGAGUGUACGAGCAUCCACCGACUUACUAUGCACCUCCACCAGUGUACGCCGUUAGUUACAACACGGCGUACCCUAGCAGCUACAGUGCAUCUUACUAUUCUGCGCCUCCACCUUAUUCCUACGCGUAUGUACAUCAAGGAGCUGACGUGGAGGCAGUUCCAGCGUUUAAUUGGAAUCCGCAUGCAGCCCCGCCGUCUGAUUCGUUUGAAAUAUUUAGCGAUGAGAAUCCAAAUGCAUGCUCGGUUAUGUGAAAAGACAAAUUUGGGUUUAGAGAUAACAACUUGUAUAAGGUGGGGGUAAUUUUGGAAAUUUAACUUGUAAUGUGUGAAAUUAAUUUAAUAUAAUAUAUUAUAAUAUUAAUUUAGGUGCUAAUUUUAGAAAAAAAAAUAAGAGGUGGGGGGUCCUUAAUGUUGGUGUAAUUUAAUUAAAUUAAUGUUAAGUAGGUUUUAACUUUGGAAUUAGUGUUAAAAUAAGUAGUAAUUAAAUAGUUUGUUUAAUUUAAAUUGAAUAGACCCCUCAAUAUUGUAAAGUGUACUUUGGCUUUUAGCUAAUGGAUGGAGAAGAAUGAAGAUGUUGAAAGCUUAAAA